AUGACUUCGGAGGAAUUCUCACACUCCGACAGCUAUAAAGGAUAUGUGAAUAGUAUUCUCCAAAGUGUUGAAGAUAGGUCUGUCCCUGAUCCAGUUUGGGGAAGCAAAAUUCCAUCGAAUUAUGAAGAGUUAAGACAACAUUGUCUUCAAUUCGUUGAUAAAUAUUCUACAACACCUACAAUCCAACCAAAACCAAUCAUUACAACUCUUGAACCUUACAAAACAAUAUUACCAACUUUUACUUCAGAAUUUAUUAAAAAUUAUCGCGAUCAAAUGAUCAGCGAAGUCAGGAUGCAGAAGUUUAGAGAACUCUGCCAGUAUUUCCAAUCAAAUGCCGAUAUUUCUCUCGAAGUUGCUCAAGAACAUUGCGAUACUCAAGCAGACGACUUUUCUCAAGAAGUAGAACCCUUUGGAAUUCUCUCAGAAACAGAACUUGCUAACAUGUGCCUGUCAAAUGUUUACGCAAAGUCAGAGCAUCAUCUUUAUAUUUCAUCUGUUGCUGAAUUGAUUACAUACUUCCCAUACAUGAAUAUAGCAAGUACAACAACCAACUUUGUAUCACUUUAUGCCUCAAUUCAUAAGCAAUUUACACCGGGUGUCGCUGAAGCUGCUGGAUUUACACCACCAUUAGUUUUAACAACAAGCGAACAGCUUGAUGCAGAACUCCAGCGCUUAGCCACCAACUUUUCCCUACAAGUUGAUUCAUCCCAAAACGAUUUACUUUAUUCCAUCAAUAAAUUAUUCAUUUCUACAGCCGAGAAGUCCGUAACCUGGAAUAUCUUAUGCAUCAACGAUCAAAUCAGCGAUCCUGCUGCUUCAAGUGUACAAUUUAAGUUAUUUGCUGCUCGAGCUCAUAUCAACACCGAUGUACAGCAAAACAUCAAUUACAUACCACCUCAUAGACAAUUACACUUUGUAGAAUCCAUGUUAGAUUCUUAUUCCGACAAAGUUGAUGAAAUUUUAUGCGGCGAAGAGUCUUUUCUUCACGUUGCAUCAGCACAAGUUGUUCACCAGCAUAUUACAGAGAUAACACGUGGUGCGAACCAGCACAACGACAAUUCCAACAACGCAACCGCCCAAAAACAGUCGGGAAUCAUCAAAAUGAAGUUUUUGAGGGCACAAAUGCUUCGCCAGACGAUUAUUUCCACGGUAAACUGGAUGAUAUCGACCAUCAAAGGCAUAGAACUCGAUCAGCGCGAUGCAACUAAUCCAGAUUGUCUCAAUACCGCAUCAAUUCUCUUCCAAAGGGAUUUAGUUGUUGAAUCAAAACAAUUCCCACAUUGUAUUGUUAUAAGAAACCCAUCAACAUCCCACAAUGUCAUCUAUGAAGAGACAUUGAACCACAUGGAGAGAAUCCGCAAUGAUUUACUCAAUUUCGGAUCAUUUUACAUCCGAAAAUGGGAAAAAGAAUGCGGAUCACAAAUUGACAGGAAAUCAAUUGUUGAAGAUCUUUAUGAAUGUGAAAACAAGUAUCAGAAUGGCAAGAAGCAAUUGAUCGAAUCCCUUUUGGACUUGUACAAUAACACAUUCGAUCCUGAAAUGUGCAAGAGAAUCUACGAGUUCAUUAAAUACGUAGUUUUCUCAAGACCUUUGAUAGCUCUCGAUGUUUAUGAUUAUUUCAUGCUUCCUUUCGACAUGAACACGAAUAUUCUCAAGUUACAAGCUGAAGUAAUCAGUUCUUCAAUGAUCAAAACAAUCGAUGACUUGGAACUCGUCUUCAACGCUGUUAAAACAGCUGUUUCUAUCAUUGGUUUGAAACAAAACACGUUGAAUGUUGAUGCGUUCUUGAAUUUGGAAUUCAUCAUUUGGACUUAUGUCAGAGAUUUCUGUCAAAAAGUCGGUGAUUCUGAACCUGACCUCACUUCACUUAUUGAAAACAUCAAUGUUUCGAUGAGAUUGAAGAAUAUAUUAAUGCCAGGAAGUCCACAGACUGUUGACCAAGCUCCUUAUUACGCUGGUUUGCAAGGAGUAAGAUUCGAAGUCAUCAGAUCUGUCAUAAUUUACAGAGCUUAUUUAGCACAAUGUGAAGUGAUGAAAGAAGACACAAAACAACACUUGCAGAGAACAUUGUUCGCGGAACUGACAUCAGAAGAGAUUGAUAUUGAAGAUGGAAUGAUUUUGGCUGUUGAUGAAGUCAAAGAAAGUCAAGUAGAACUUGCAGGAGAAGGUUUGGACAUUGUAAAUCGUUUGCAAAGUGUUGAAUCAUCACUUUUGGAUGCAAUUGUCGCUUAUAAUUUCACAAUAACAGAAGCAAAGAUAAGAGAAGCUGCAAUGUCAAAAGUGGAAUUACCAAAACAAGCUCCAUCAUGUUAUUCAAAGUAUUUCUCACUCGAUGAAUGCAAGAAACUGAUUGAAUUCCUCGAGCAAAGAGAAUAUCUGCCAUUCCAAUCGAUCUUCAAACUGAAAGCAAACAUCAGAGAAUCAUUGCAAGUGUUGAAUCUCAAUGCUGGCUCUCAUUUCGAUGAAUUGCUCAAUGCACAACAAAAACAAACGAGUGUUUCUGUCCAAUUCCUUCAAAACAGAGCGAGAUUGCCUGAUGUAAUGAAGAUUUUGGCUUUGUUUGAAAUAUCUUCUGAUAGAAUUCCAAGUGUUUACGAUGGAUAUUCACUCAUUGAAAGUGUACAACCUUCAAUGAGAAGAGAAAAAGCAAGAGGUGCUUUGGAAUUCUACAGUUUCGUUAUUUUAUUGACAUUCUUGAGUUACCACGCUUCAACAUUGGAUCAAACAGUUACAAAGAUCCAUAAACAUCAGCGUAAAAACAAAUACAAAGCUCCACACUUACAAUCUUUGCUUGAAGAAACAAAUGGACUCCAAAACGAUGCACAAAAGACACAAGCAGCAAAAACAUUCGCAACAGAUUUGUUGAUAAGAAUAAAUGUCGCUUGUAUCGAGUCUGGCAUCGAAUUCGGAAGAUCCUAUCAUGAAAAAGCUGAAGGAACAGCUCCUCCAAUUCUUGAUAUCAGUGGAAAUUGGACAAUUUCUGCUGAGAAACCACAAGAAGUCAAGAAACAGAACAUCAUGAAAAUCAUUGAAGAACAACUUGAUGAAUUAUCUUCUUUGAACAUUUCUUUGGCGAACAUGUCCUUCAUUUUCUUCUGGAACAUUGAUAACGAACAACGCAAAGUUAUCAAGAAAUGUUUCGACACAUUGAGUGGAGAAACAAAUUUAGUACAGAGAUUUAGACAACUCCGCCAAAAGAUUUUGUUAAUUCGUUUGUUAUCAAGUCCAACAUUUUCAUCAGGAGAAAUCUGUGAAUUCCCAUCUCCUUUCAAUCAUCUUCUUUUGAUUUUGGAUAAUAUUUUGGAUGGAACCCCAGAAAGUUUAAGAUUUGUUUUGAUUCAUCUUUUAAUACAAAGAUGUAUUAAAAGACCGAAAUCAUCAGAACCUGUUAAACUUCUUCCUCCUCCUGUUGUUACUGAGAAAUCUCCUUUCCUUGCUGAUGUUGAUUCAUUGCCACAAGAAACUAAAAGCGAAACAUUACAUCCAGCUUUGGCACAAUUCAUUGAACAGUUACAAUUGCAUUCAACAAGUGAUUCAAGGAAUGAAAUCAAGAUUUCUCAAUUCCACGUCAACCAGGCACUUUUGAAGUUUUCACAGUCUAUUUCUCAGUUGUUUGAUUCAUCAUUAGUUCAAUCACACAAAGCAUUCCUUGCUUUGCAUACAAUGCUCUUUGAAUCAAAACACAGACACGAUGAACUCUUCAGGAAACGUGUCCAAGCAAUCAACCAAGAAGCAAGGACAUUCAACAGGAAACUUCAAACAGCUCUUGCAGACAGAUCUCACACAGUUGGAUAUGAGAUCAACCUUCUCCAAGAGACAUUGAAGAGCUCUAAAUUCGAUAAGAAAGAGCGUCAGGAAGCAAUAAGAAGAAAACUCAAAGAAGAAUAUACUCCACAAGUCAGAGAAAUGACUUUGCAACUGUUCUCUUUGAAGCAUAAUUUAGAACAGUACCAAAAGAAUUUGCAACAUGAAAUCGAAGGAAACAUGUUCGAAAUAAAGAAACAAUCAAUCUCACAGUUGUUGAGAUCACAGAACCUUCCUGAUGAAGUCAAAGACUCAAUGAAACAAGCUUUCGAUUUCGAUGAUGCUCUUCACGAAUUAAUGGAAACAAAAAGUGAAUUAAGUAGCACAGUUUUCAAAUUGAAAGCAAUGAGAUUAUUGCAAGAUUUGGCAGUCAGAUCUGACUUCCAAGUCAAGCUGAAGAAGAUCGAAGAACAGCGUGAAAUGGUCAAGCAGGAAAACAACGAAUUUUCCAAGGAAAGAGACGUCAAAGAAGCAGCUCUUAAACAACAAUAUACAACAGUUAUGCAAAGUGUCAGAGCUGCAGAAAAAGAAGUCGAAAAACUUAGAAGAGAACUCGAAUUGGAGAACAAGAACAGAUCGAAACUUAGAGAGUGGAGAACGAAACAUGAGAAGAGAGUUGCUGUUCUUGAAAAGAAACUCCAACGCUUGACAGAAUGGUCUAAAUACAAACCAGAUAAACUAAUUUUCCAGUUGGAUUUGAUCGAAAAGGAAAUCGAAAGAAGAAAACGAGCCAAAGAAAGAGGACCAGCACUUCUUGAGAAGACGAAACAGACAGUUGAUAGGGAACUUAAGAGAUGUCAGGCUCAGCUCAAGGCACAAGAAAAUGCAAGAGAAGCUUUGGAGAAGGAAACAAAUGCUUCGGCAAUGAAACAAAAUCUUACAUUUUCAAACGAAAUUCAGUCACAGGAUUUGGUCGCUGUCAUGGAAGAGAACUCUAAGCUCAAGGAAGAGAACGAACAGUUGCAGCAAAGAUUGGCUGAACUUUCCCUUCAGAUCGCUGCUGUUUCUCAAAUUAAUAUCGGAGGAAUUAAGAUCAAAGCAUCAAGACUUGAUCAGUAA